GAUCAUAUACACUUGUUGUUUGUUGUUAUAUUUAAUUAUCUGUCUAUAAGCUGUGUCUGUGUUUUUCCGGAGCGAAACGCCCACGCGUAACGCACACGCGAAACGAAGCGCAAACGUCCAGCCAAAACGCCAGCACGGUUCGGCGAUUCGGUGUUUGCGGUGGACAGCGUCAAAGUGUCCCACCCUACGCCCAGAAAGCGAACGUCGCAAAACAGCCUGAGAUCGCAAAACAGCAGAGAUCUUACUUACGGUGUUUAAAAGUUUGCGCGAAAGCCGCCCCUCCGUGAAUAGUGCAGAGUACACGCGAUUGAUCACGCAAAAAACAAAACCGCAACUUACUUACAAACUCAUUACAUGUGCCGUGUGCUUUUCAGUGUGUGUGUCAGUGCAUGCAUGUGUUUUGAAUGUGGCAAAAGAAUCGGCUAACCGCCUGAAGAAGUUAAAGCAAAAGUUAAACAAGCAAAUAAAAAUUGAAAAAAAAACACACACAUCAGUGAAACACAUCAGUGCGCGCCCAUUGUGCGAGUGAUGCAGCAUAGAAAGUGCAUAUAAAGCGAGCACGAGUGUACGAUAUUGAUCGACGAUCUUAAAGUAAUAAAAUUAGAAACAUUUAGAAGUUAAUAACAGUCAUUUCAAAUCGACCUAUCUGAUCGUACUUGAGAAACAUUGUUCAGUAUCGCGAGAGUGUUGUUAGGGCUUGGUAGCGCAAAGCAGGCCUUGGAACUCGUUGAUAUUUUUUCCCAAAUUGAAACUGUACCAAAUGAACGUAGUAGCUCACGUUUAAAGGUCGAUCUUGAUUGUAUCCUCGCGUAUUGUUCCAUCGCGCAAGCAGAGUGUCAUUCCAUCCAGCUACGACUCGAAACAGUGGCAAGAAGUCCCAACUUUCUGUCCAAAGCGAUCCAAACGAAGACCAGCACCAGCAAGGUCCGAAGGCAGCGUUAGUUAGUGUGAAAGCUCACCUUAGCAGAACUGCAGAGACCAGAGACCCAGAGUGUUGCCGCAAAACACUGUAUACUAGGAAGAACAGUUUGUGUGAAUCGUAAUCUCCAAUUGUUUCACCAGUGACAUCAAUACAUUCCAUAUGGUUCACAUGAUAGAAGUGGUGCGUCAAGGGAAAGUUGACUUUCCUCAAGUUAUUAUGAACCGUGCUAUUCAAGUCAAGCCAGCGGAUAGCGAGAACCGCGGUGAUCGAAAGCUUUUCGUUGGCAUGCUUAGCAAGCAGCAAACUGAAGAGGAUGUAAGACAGUUGUUUAACGCGUUCGGAACCAUUGAAGAGUGCACGAUCCUGAGAGGACCAGACGGUGCCAGCAAAGGUUGCGCCUUUGUGAAAUUUACCUCGCAUCAAGAAGCUCAAGCUGCUAUAACAUCGCUACACGGUAGUCAAACUAUGCCGGGUGCAUCCUCUAGCUUAGUGGUAAAGUUUGCUGACACCGAGAAAGAGAGGCAACUCCGUCGUAUGCAGCAAAUGGCUGGCCAUAUGAACCUGCUGAGUCCGUUUGUGUUCAACCAGUUCGGACCGUACGGCGCCUACGCCCAGCAGCAGCAGGCAGCCCUGAUGGCGGCCGCAACCGCACAAGGAACGUAUAUCAAUCCCAUGGCUGCACUAGCAACACAAAUACCUCACGCAUUGAACGGUUCCGGACAGCCAGUAAACGGUGCCAUCCCCUCUCUACCGUCGCCCACGAUGCCUACCUUCAACAUGGCAGCACAAACGCCCAACGGUCAACCGGCCGGUUCGGAGGCUGUGUACACCAACGGAAUACCCCAAACCUACCCAGGACAUGCCCUGCACCUGUCGAUACCCGCUCAAGGACUUCCGAACGGAGAUGCCGCCCUACCGCAUGCCGCCUACCCUGGCAUCCAGCCGUAUCCCGGUGUCGCCUACCCAGCCGUUUAUGGACAAUUUCCGCAAGCUAUACCGCAACCGAUUGCCGCCGUUGCACCAGCACAACGCGAAGACAUGUUAAUGUUCCCAGGGUGCUCCAUAUCGGGCCCGGAAGGUUGCAACCUGUUCAUCUACCAUCUGCCCCAGGAAUUCGGUGACGGUGAGCUGAUGCAGAUGUUUAUGCCCUUCGGAACUGUGAUAAGUUCUAAAGUCUUCAUCGAUCGAGCUACAAAUCAGAGUAAAUGUUUCGGUUUUGUAUCGUUUGACAAUCCAGCCAGCGCUCAAGCUGCGAUUCAAGCCAUGAACGGUUUUCAGAUUGGUAUGAAAAGACUGAAAGUUCAGCUGAAAAGACCAAAGGAUGCGAAUAGACCCUAUUAACAAUCAGAGAUUAAAAGCGCUUUAAAGAGUGCUUCUGCUGAAGCUUUAAAAUAUGAAGUUAAUCCUUAGACAAAUUUAAUCUAAUAUCAUCAAUUAUCAGUGCAGUUAUGAAUAGAACAAAAAAAAAACAAAACCUACAACCAAUCGCUUAAAGUUAAAUAAUAAACUCACAGACACAACUUAACAAACAAAAACAUAUGGAAAGGAGCAAAACAUUUAAGCUACUCUAUAUAUAAAACAAAAACAAAAAAUCCUACAUGAAACAAAAAAAAAAAGAACGAACGAUUACAAAGCUAUACAAACACUGUUGAGUCAGUGACUUUUGUCUUGAAAAUAACUAUGUACCAACUAUACGCGGCUCGUGAGUACAGGACGCAACCCAACCCGGACGUGUGAUGGUGACCCGGUGUGGCUCGAAAGUGCUUUUGGUGCUCCCCCCAACACACACACACACAUACACAAUGGCCGGUAUCCAGCAGGAACAGGGAGCGCACCCGAGCGGGGGGACAACCACAAGUGCAUCCGACUGGGGACAAGUGCAUCCGACUGGGAGCAGCAACAGGAUAGUGCAGCAACGCGUCCGGAAGUGGAACUUGUUUUACUUAAAAAAUGGAAAAAGUCGGAAGUUAGUCCAAAGUUUGCCAACCAAUGUCGUGGUUUAUAGGAUAGGAGGAGUAAGUAAAUUAUCUUAAUACUUAAGUUUAUCUACAAUCUAGAUAAUAAUCGAACCUCUCCUUUGAAAAGGGAAGUCAGUUUUUUCCCCCUACCGUAAGUUCAUUGCGGAGAAGCGUAAACGAGCUCUAGCGGCGCGCGUCAUUGAGCGAGACAAUGGGGGCGAGAUCGUUUGAAUUGAAGUUCAGUAAUUUUUUCUCUUGCGCACAGUUUACAUUUACAUGCAUUACGUUACAUCUUAACGCAAUUAAUAUAACACACCCACAAAAAAAACACACGGUCAAUGCAUUAUGCGCAUGUUAUCAAAUGCAUCUUCGAUCCAUUAACCAAUUCUACAGCAGCUAAACGCUAAUAGAGGAAUAGAGAAGGGUUUUUUCAUGUAAGCUAUACACUUUGCUAAUUUAUGUGCAUUCGAA